CUGAAAAUUACUAGAAAUAGAGAAUGAUUUCACAGAUACUUCACACUCAUUUUUUAUCAUUAUGUAAACAUUUCGCUCAAAGUUUACGAUAACGUAUCAUGUUUUUCUGUAACAAAACGUUGAAGAGAUUUAAAUAUUCCAUCUAAACGUGAACAAAAAUACGAUAUCCGUUUCCUCGUGUCCAACAUGCCGCGGCAAUCGAAUAUUUUGUGUGGUGAGGGUGAAUUAAUUCCCGAAAUUAAUUUCUCGAUGGGAGAAUUGAUGUUGAUGCAACUGGAAACGCACGGUAGUCGCACGGCGCAGAUAAAUGCCCAUACUGGCAAAGUGCAAACAUUCCAGGACAUUGUAGACACUAGUCGAAAAUUAGCUGUUUUUCUAAAAAAACAAGGAAUCGGGGUAAAUGACACCGUCGCUGUGUGCAGCGAGAACAACCUGGAGUUUUGUAUUCCAGUGUGCGCUGCGUUUUACCUGGGUGCUAUCGCCUGCCCAUUAAAUCCAUUGUACUCUGAGGGAGAACUGAAGCACGCGCUCAACAUUUCGAAGCCAAAGUAUAUUUUUAUCUCACCAUUGGCGCUUAACAGCUUCAGAAAUGUAUACAGAGACCUGCAUUGGUCACCGAGAGUGCUAAUGCUUGUUGACCAUGGCAGCAACAAUGACGCUCCAUGGGCCAGUGUGCCUGAAAUAAUCUCAGGGAUCUCUAGUAAUGACGCAAAUGCCCUCCAAGCAGUUCCCGUUGAUGUAGCUGAUCACGUAACAGUGAUUUUAUGUUCGAGUGGAACCACGGGACUACCAAAAGGCGUUAUGUUGACGGACAAAAAUAUCACUACUGUCAUACGCAUUCACUUGAGCAACACAAUCAGCACGAUUUCUGAAGAUAGUGUGUCUCUAGGACUGUUACCGUUCUUUCAUGCAUAUUCUUUCCUUGUGAUGAUACUGACUUUGUUAAGAGGAAACUGCAGCAUCGUAUUCUCACAUUUUGAGCAAGAACUCUUUCUACAAUACGUAGAGAAAUAUAAGAUUGAAUAUCUGCCAGUGGUGCCAUCGCUUAUGGUAUUCCUGGCUAAACAUCCACUUGUAGAUAAAUAUGACUUAUCCUGUGUCAAAGGAGUAUGGAGUGGAGCAGCUCCAUUGUCAAAGGAAAUUCAAAACGCCGUCGCUAAACGGUUAAAUAUUACCGAAGUUAAACAAGGUUACGGAUUAACAGAAACCACUUUAGCUGUAUUGGGAUCCACAGAUAAAAUAAAACCAGGCAGCGUUGGUGUAUUGCUUCCUGGCAUAUCAGCAAAGGUAAUACCGAUCGGAGAAUUCGAAACGGAUAAAGCUUUAGGACCAAAUUGCAGAGGAGAAUUAUGCUUCAAAGGAGAUUUGAUAAUGAAGGGAUAUUAUAAUGACGAGAAAUCCACUAGAGAGACAAUCGACAAGGACGGUUGGUUACACACGGGAGACGUAGGAUAUUACGACGAAGAGGGAUUCUUUUACAUUGUCGAUCGGAUAAAAGAACUUAUAAAAUAUAAAGGAUACCAGGUUCCACCAGCUGAGCUCGAAGCGAUUUUGUUAAGUUGUCCUGGCGUACAAGACGCAGCUGUAAUUGGCAUACCAAAUGACAAAGUUGGGGAGUUACCGGUGGCCUUUGUUGUAAAGGAAGAUAAUUCUAACAUUUGCGAAAAAAAUGUAAUCCAAUAUGUUAAUGAACGUGUAUCAAAUCCUAAGCGACUGAGGGGUGGCGUAAGAUUUGUAGACAGCAUUCCAAAGACUCCAUCUGGUAAAAUAUUACGUCGAGUAUUGCGAGACAGAUUAAAAUCAAAAUUAUAAAUUUGUUAAUAUUAAGUUUUUAUGAUAAUAUUGUUUAAAUAAAAAAUUAUUUGUAUGGAAAUGUAUAA